GCAAACUCAAUGGCAUCAAAAGACCGUCGGUUUGUCUCAUCGACGUGCCGGUGCCGGCCUAAUCUCAUUGGUCCCAUAUUUUCGACAUUGUAUUCCUAGCGGCGAUAGAAGAACUCCUUCGGCUAGAUCGGUCUCAGAACAAGAAUCGGCCUACCCGGCUCCCUGCGCACAUGACAACGACUAUCUUUUUUUUCCCUUUUGGCCUUCUGUUGGUAACACCAUAGAUAGAUGUGGUGUAAUCUAUAACUGAUUUUUUUUUCUUAUCUUCGUUCGGUUAUUCGGUUGACGGCGAACUUUUCCAUCUGAAUUACUUUUCAAGUACUUCGUAGUUAUCGUAUUAUUUUAUUUCAUUUUGUUUAGUCUUACCGAAUACUCUCAGCGUUGAGUCUUAACUCCCCGUCACCUGUGACUGCUUCAUAGGAUUUUCUUCCUUUCCGUGACCACACAUAACAUAACUCUAGAGUGCAGGCUAGAUACUUCUGUCGGCUGGUUUAGCUGUGGGAUAGCCAAUGAGCGAUCGCAGAUACGAUGACGUUGACGAAGAAGACCGGGGCCCUUUGAGCGACUUCAACUUUGAUUCCGACGAGGAAUCCGCCGUGGUUGAUCCCGGACCCGGCGUCCGAGACGAGAGCGGCCAGGAUGGGUCCCGGCUGGUGGCGUCCCGCGGUAGCGCCUUAACCAUCGACACCAGCGCCGCCGUUGCCGACUACGAGGAACGGAGACGGAGGCCGAGCGACUCUAAGAAGGUAGUGGCUUGGACGGAUCUGCCCAAGAAGAAGCAGUUAGUAGUUAUUACGCUGGCCCGUCUCAGUGAGCCAUUGGUCCAGACGUCGCUGCAGUCGUACAUGUUCUACCAACUACGAUGGUUCGACCCGAGCUUGUCGGACUCCACUAUCUCGAGCCAAGCCGGAAUUUUGCAUGCGAGCUUCACCGCCGCCCAGUUCUUCACUGCUAUGGUGUGGGGCCGGGUCGCCGAUUCCACCUCGGCCGGCCGGAAAACUGUUAUCAUGAUAGGACUGUUUGGAACUCUUAUUUCAUGUCUUGGUUACGGAUUCUCCAGAUCCUUCGCCCAAGCUCUAUUCUUCCGAGCUUUAGGUGGUGCAACCAACGGCAACGUCGGCGUUAUGAGGACUAUGAUCAGCGAGAUAGUCCGUGAAAAGAAAUAUCAGUCUCGAGCAUUUCUAAUCUUACCCAUGACUUUCAAUAUUGGUGUCAUCGUUGGUCCCAUCCUCGGUGGCAUCCUAUCCGACCCAGCAGGCUCAUACCCCGAUACCUUUGGCAACGUAGAGUUCCUCCGAAAAUUUCCCUACGCUAUGCCAAACCUUGUUAGUACAGGGUUCCUAUUUAUUGCUUUGUCAAUGUGCUGGAUGUUUUUGGAAGAGACGCAUGAUGCUCUUCAAGAUAGGAGAGACUUCGGAAUUAUUUUCGGUCAGAAGUUGACGUCGCUAUUCACAUCACUUUUCAAGAGACGCAGCACGACCAUAGCAUAUACGCGCCUUCACUCGAGAGAUUCUAGCAUAAGCACGGACAUGGAGCUGUCGCCCGUCACUCCCAGAGACUCCUCUGAAGACGUGCCGACGCCUUCGAAGCGGCGUUCUAAGAGGAGGUACAUAAACCGGCUUCCUUUCCGCCGCAUAUUCACCUCGAACGUAACAUUCACCUUCAUCGCUCACUUCUUCCUCGCCUUCCACAUCGGCACCUUCAACUCGCUCUGGUUCGUAUUCCUCUCGACGUCCGUGUACAACCCGUCGGAGCCGAACCCGCCGGACUUCAAGCCGCGGCUCCCUUUCAGAUUCACCGGCGGCCUCGGCUUGCCUCCCCGUUCCGUCGGGAUGGCCAUGGCGAUCCUGGGGGUAAUCGGCAUUACCAUGCAGCUAUUCCUAUACCCCCGUCUGUCGUCGCGCCUGGGCACCGUCCGCUCGUGGCGCAUGUUCCUCUUCCUUUUCCCUAUCGCUUACUCUCUGAUACCGUUCCUAUCGGUCGUGCCAUCGAGCACGCCGCCUCCGAGCCAGAAGACCGGCGUUUGGAUAUGGGCUGCCAUCGCCGGCGUGUUGUUCAUUCAAGUUACGGGGCGUACCUUCGCACUACCCGCUCAGACGAUUCUAGUUAACAACUGCACGUCGCACCCUAGCGUAUUAGGCACUGUCCACGGGCUUGGGCAGAGUGUUAGCAGCUUUGCGCGAACGGUUGGCCCAGUAUUAUGCGGGUGGCUCUACGGCCUCGGGCUGAGCCACGGUGUGGUCGGCGGGGUAUUUUGGGGCCUCGCUGGAAUAGCUGUGUGCGGAUUAGCUGCUAGUUUCUGGGUUAGAGAAGGGAACGGGCAUGAGAUAUGGUUAGAAGGGGACGAAGAAGAAGAAGAAGAAGAAGAAGAAGGCGGGCAUACGUAAACGCAUGAUACCUUAGGUACCUAAGGUAGCUUUUCUUUAUUUUAUUUUCUAGAUUCCUUAUACGUGUUCAUGAUUAGAAACGCUCAGGAGUACUAUGGGUUACGAUAUAUGACGAGAUUUUCAUAGAUGAGAUGGGUCAGGUUAGAAUAGAGUUAAGCAAUACAAUACGUGCGUGUACGCCGCGCUCGUAUGCUACGCCCUCGGUGAAAAUAUAAAAUUGAAGCAAUCUAUAUAUCGAAUAUAAACACACUACACGUCCCACUGGCUUGGAUACUAUGGUAUCUUGUAACUUAGAUGGUAAGGAUACCUGUUAUAUUGAGAGG